AUGUGGGUUGCUCCGUUGCUUGGGUACAUCAUCAUAUUAAUAACAACUGUGUAUGGGGUGCAGUACCAUAUAAAUAUUUUUAGGGGAUACCCGGUUUACUUGUCGGUUCCAUUGACAUUAGCAGUAUACCUUCCUAUUUCAAUCGUGAUUCUAUUGCCCUUAGAUUAUGUAUCUCACAAUACCACCUCGUCUUCCUUGUCGUCCUGGUUUAGCUUGCCUGAUAGUCUAAUACUAUACUUGUGGAAGACUGCAUACUGGACCACUUUCAUAUUAACAUGGCUAAUGUUACCAAUUUUACAGGAAUUUUACCGUUCAGGACAUUUCCAUGCUAUGAGUAAAUUGAAAGAUGCAUUAAGAAGAAACUUGAAGCACCAAGCCAUCAUGCUUGGAGUCGGUAUCUUUGGGUUUAUUUAUUUAUUGUUAGAAGUUGGUAUCACCUUUGAUCACGUGAAGCUAAUGAUCAUUGCUGCAACACAUAUCUAUUCAUUAUGCAUAGUACUUUGGCUCAUGUCGCAUGGAUUAGUGAGUAUUCCGAGGAACCGGUGGAUUGCGGGGAAUAAUAUGAUUAACUUGAACCACUAUUACAUGCAAUUACCUGUGAAAAAGGACUUGUUGGAAGAUACUAAGAUCCUGUUUAAGGAAGAUGUAUUGAAGGUCCUAGUAUUGGUGAAGAAUUUUACUCUGACAAGUUCUAUUGAAGAUUUGAGAUGGAGGGAUUGGAUCUUAGAAUUGUCUAAUAGUAUCCCUAUAGACAUCAGAAAUACAAUGGAGAGACAGUUGUCGCUGGAUCCAAGCUUGAGCCAUGUGAUCACUAGAGAUCAAAUUAAUGAAAAGUUCUUUCUUGAAUUGACUUCGUCUUACAGGCAAAAUUUGUGGAAAAUGACAGCAUAUGAAAGUGAGGUGAACGUGCUUAUGGAGAAGAUAUUCCAACUUGUGGAAAUAACUGGUGCUCCUGGAGCAUCAAAUGAUGGCUUAAUUGGAACCAACGGUCGCAGGAGAAAUCAGUUUGUCACUUCAGUAAAACCCAUUCUCAACAGGAUCCUUUCAGUAUUGCUUUAUUUAUUCUCAUUCAUUGUCAUAGAAUCUGAAUUUCUUCAUUCCACGAGGUUUUCCUUGAUAAAUGUGUUGCUUUUCCAUACGGGAAUUCAACUUUCGCCAACACUACAACUUUUCAGCACUACGGUAAUUUUUUCCUAUAUGCUUUUCGCAAGUUUGAACUCAUUGACCAGAUUAAAGAUAUUCAAUAUGUACCAUUUGGUUCCUCACAAAUCGGACCCAGUAUCCGCUUGCUUUUAUGCAACAUAUAUCGCAAGAUUGACAAUUCCAUUAAGUUACAAUUUCAUUACUCUUUUUAUCAGCCGUAAUUCGAUCUUUGAGCUGUGGUUUGGGGCUCUGUUAGGUCUAGAUAGGGCAGGGAUCUUUAACUUGAUGAACAAUUGGUUGCCUAGAUUGAUAUUGAUUCCAAUUGUAUUAACUGUAUUUAAUGUGUAUGACAAAGUUAAGAAACUAUUAGGCAUGAACGACAGUGGCUGGAUUUUUGACGAAGAUGAAGACGAUGAGGAAUAUGGUGUUAAUGGUGGAGCUAGCAGUAAUGAAAGACUAAUCGCUGAAGGCAUUCGGAUCACUAAAAGUGAGCAAUUGAAAAGAGCUGUUAAUGCCAAUUCGGAACAGAACCGGUUACGCCAGUUCAACUUGAACUCAGUCGCUGACACGAACUACGAAAAUAAUUUGCAAACCUUCAACCAGCUGUUGGCUAACAGGUUGGAGUAUAGGGAUAGUGAAGAGUCUGUUAGAGAGCCUCUCCUGUCAGUGCCCGCUGCACCCAAUCAAGAUUUCUUUAGAAUGGGAGCAGUGUGGGGUACAAUUGGAGGAGUAGUCUCGGGGGUCAGAGAUACAGUAGCUUCAAGAUUUGGUGGCAACAAUUUCAGAAGCUAUAGAGACGAUCCCGAGCUGAUAGAGAAUUUUGACUAUGACAAUGACAACUUGGUUAUAUAG